GCCCAAAUGAAAAAAAUUGAAGUCUCCACAGCUGCACUUCCGCCUUAUGUGAACGAGUCUGCUUUUCUUCGCAUAGCCUCCCUGGCACUACCGGCGGCCCACCUCGGUUGCGCCUUCACCUGCCGCCCUGUGUCCGUUCACGGUCCACCACGCCUCCGUUCCGCUUCCCUCGCCUGAGUAUUAUCAUUUACGCGUCUACCGACCACUGCGCCGGCGCACAUCGACACUCUUCAUUUCCUCCCCUGACUCGUGCACUCAUCUAGCGCCAGGCUACCCCACCCCAAGUUAGAAGAACACAAAGCUCAGGGCGCACCAGACCCUUUGGGAGACGGCUGCUGCUCUCCUGAUCCAGAUUUGAAUCUUGGAAUUGCUGCUGCAGAUUUCGAAAUUAAUCUGUUAUUAUAAAACCAUUGAAUGGCUGGAUCAGUAAAAACAUGCUCUAUUGAGAACAACUCAAGUACCACUGAAGAUUGGACCGUUGUUCUUCGUCGACGUCCAAGGCCGAAAAAGAUUUCUUGCAAAACAAGUGACCCCUCUGAAGAACAAAAGCAAGAACAACCUUGGGCUCCACAAGAUUAUGAAACAGACCCAGAAACUGAAUUAAAGCUGAUGCAAAAGAUGCAAACUUGCAUCCAGAAACUUGAAACCUCGCACUUUUGGCUGAACUUCCUAGACCAAUUACAAACAGGUGAAACCUCAGAUCGGAUUGGACGGGUUUUGGGUCCUGAAUCGAAGGUCUGCAUGGUAAUAUAUGGCAUCGGCAGCAUAGAAUCAUUUGAACCGCCCAGAUUGCAACUCAGCCUUGCGAUCUUGAUGAAAAGGGAGCUUAGUUGGAUUGGAGAGAUAGAGAUAUUUGAUCCGAUCAUAUCUUUAACAGAAUCUAGGGUUCUGGAAUCCCUUGGGUGCUCUGUUCUGUCUAUAAAUGAGAACGGCCGGAGAGAAGCAAUAAAACCCACACUGUUCUUCAUGCCACAUUGUGAGGCGGAGUUGUAUGAAAAUCUGUUGCAGGCGAAUUGGACGGUUGAUCUCCUGAAUCAUAUAAUUCUGUUUGGGAACAGUUUUGAGGAAUAUGAGCAUCACAUGUCGAUAUGCAAGAACCUUUAUUCUGCGGACCCGAGAAAGCAUAUCUUAGCUGCAAGGAAAUUCUCUAAGGAGUUUAGAAUCAAAUGUUCAGAAGAUUGCCUUCGAGCUUUCCAUAGUUCCAGUUGGCAUUUCUUUAGCAUUGACCCAGGGGCAGCAUUACCAAAGGUUUAAUGCAAGCCAUAGCUGUAAGUUAUUUUUCUAAUUUGUAAGAGAUGUACUUGUGUUAUUGGGACACACAAAAUCUGUUAAUGUUAUGUACUCUUAUAUCUGUAUGUUUGCAUCAUUGCCAUCUACAAAAACUAUGAGACCACAUGAUGGCAUACUAAAAUAGGCACUACUGUAUAAGUGGGGAGAUUUAAUGAAUUACGUUUUACACUUGA